AUGUUUCCUAAAGCUUCCAUCUUUCUCUUCUUGGCCGCAUCCCAAUUCUUGCUCCGAUCAGUUUCAUCCGUCGAUUUCGUCUACAACACCAAUUUCACCAGCACCAACACUCUUCUCUUCGGCGCCACCGUAGAUUCCCCUUCCUCGAUCCUCACACUCACCAACCAAACAGCUCGCUCCAUCGGACGUGGUCUCUUUCCUUCCAGAAUCUCCGUCUCCUCCUCCUCCUCCGCCUCGCCGCUCCCUUUCGCAACAUCCUUCAUCUUCUCCAUAGCUCCUUACAAAAACAUGCUCCCCGGCCACGGCUUCGCCUUCGUCUUCCUCCCUUCCUCCGCAACAUCCGCCGCGAGCUCAGCUCAGCAUCUCGGAAUCGUCAAUUUCACCAACAACGGCGAUCCCAACAACCGAAUCUUCGCCGUCGAAUUCGACGUCUUCGCUAAUCAAGAAUUCAACGACAUCAACGACAACCACGUCGGCGUUGACGUCAACUCCCUCACUUCCGUUUCGUCGGCCGUGGCCGGUUUCUGGCAAGGCGAGAGAUUCAAGGAGCUGAGGCUUAACAACGGCGAUAACUAUCAGACGUGGAUCGAGUUCAAUGUUUCAGCGAUCAAUGUAACGAUGGCUAGAGCUGGCUCUAGGAAACCAGUAAGACCACUCAUAAGCAUUCCGUUGAAUCUCACCGGAGUUUUAGUCGAUGAUAUGUUCGUGGGUUUCACGGCAGCUACGGGACAGCUAGUGCAGAGCCAUAGGAUCCUCUCUUGGAGCUUCAGCAACUCCAACUUCUCCAUUGGCGAUGCUUUAAUCACUGAGAAUCUUCCAUCGUUUAAAUUGCAAGAUGACUCUGUUUUGAAGUCUAAAGGCUUCAUCGCUGGGGUCUCUGUUGGUGCUUUUGUGUUAAUAGUCUCUGUUCUUGGCCUCCUCUUUUACGUGGUAAGGCGGCCAAGGCGGAGAGUAGAGGAAGACGUGGAAGACUGGGAAACGGAGUAUUGGCCUCACAGAGUUAAAUACAGAAACGUUUUGGAUGCAACAAAAGGGUUCUCCGAGGAGAAUAUGAUUGGUUACGGAGGAAACUCAAAGGUGUAUAGAGGAGUGUUGGAAGGUAGAGAAGUGGCGGUGAAGAGAAUCAUGAUAAGCCCUCGAGAGAGCGUGGCUGGGACGAGCGAGUUCUUGGCCGAGGUUUCAAGCUUAGGGAGGCUAAGGCACAAGAACAUAGUGGGACUAAGGGGUUGGUGCAAGAAAGGAGGAGAGAGUUUGAUAUUGGUUUACGAGUAUAUGGAGAAUGGAAGCGUAGAUAAGCGGAUGUUUGAUUGUAAUCAUGAGAUGUUGAGUUGGGAGGAGAGAAUGAGAGUGAUCAGAGACGUGGCCUCAGGGAUGUUGUAUCUGCAUGAAGGGUGGGAGUCAAAAGUGUUGCAUAGAGACAUAAAGUCGAGCAACGUGUUGCUUGACAAGGAUAUGAACGCGAGGGUAGGUGAUUUCGGGUUGGCUAAGUUGCAGAAUGCUAUGAAAGAGAUGGUUAGUACGACGCAUGUGGUUGGAACAGCGGGUUAUAUGGCGCCUGAGCUGGUUAAGACAGGGAGAGCAUCGGCGGAGACGGAUGUGUAUAGCUUUGGAGUGUUUGUGUUGGAGGUAGUGUGUGGAAGGAGGCCGAUAGAGGAAGGAAGAGAAGGGAUAGUGGAAUGGAUGUGGGGACUAAUGGAGAAAGAUAAGGUGGUUGAUGGGUUGGACGAGAGGAUUAAGGAGAAAGGAAGCUUUGAGGUGGAGAGAGUAGAGAUGGCUUUGAGGCUUGGCAUGUUUUGUGUGCAUCAUGAUCCUAAGGUGCGUCCCACAACGAGACAAGUAGUACAGAUAUUGGAGCAAGGGAGAUUGAGUGAUGAUGGUGAUGAGAGGGAAAGAGAAGGAAUGGAAGUGAGUUUGUUGGAGAGAAUGAAGAGUUCUUACUUGUUGGGUACUAGUGAAGGAAGACAGCAACAAGAACAGCAUCCCACCUUCCAAGAUGUUUGGAACACUUAUUCUCAUUCCAAGUCCUUUGAGAGUUCUGAUUCAAUCUUUCAGGGAAGAUGA